AAUCAACCCUAAACCCUAACCAACAAAGCCCAACUUCAGAGAAUUCGUUACAUUUUCUGAUAUUUAUUUCUAUUACUUCGAUUUUAUUAUCUUGCAUCCGUUUCAUUAUGUUUUUACAAUAUUUCGCAUAAGCCGGUAUUUUCGAAUCAUCUCUUCAAAAUUCUAGUGUGUGAAUAUGUAGUGUUUAUCUGUGGGUUUCCCGUCAGUAUCAGGGCUUCUCGUGGUUUCUCCAUUGCCGACCCCCAACCAUCACUCUUUGCAGGAUGGAUUCACUCAUACCUGUUAUCAAUAAAUUGCAAGAAGUUGUAAAUACAUUAGGAACGGAUGCCAUAAAAUUACCCAUCAUUACCGUCGUUGGGUCUCAGAGUUCUGGUAAGAGUUCUGUCCUGGAAAGCCUCGUUGGUCGCUCUUUUCUUCCUAGAGGAACAGGUAUUGUGACACGUUGCCCACUCAUUUUGCAGUUGCAUUACUGCCCAAAGGAGGAUAAAGAACAUCGAUCCUCUGAUGAAGGAACCUUGAGUCUCGAGAUUUGGGCCAAAUUUAACCACAUUAAAGGUAAAAUUUUCAAAGAUUUUGACGAUGUUCGUAAGGAAAUUGAAAAUGAAACAGAGAGAAUUGCUGGUCAAAACAAAGGCAUAAGUGCAGAACCAAUCACAUUACAGGUUUUCUCCACAACAGUUUUGAAUGUGACUCUAGUUGAUCUUCCUGGGAUCACAAAGGUCCCUGUUGGUGAUCAGCCUCCAGACAUUGAGCUACAAAUUCGUCAACUCAUACUCAGUUACAUAAAAAACCCCAACUCAAUCAUCUUAGCAAUAUGUACGGCAAAUACAGACAUGGCUACCAGUGAAAGUAUUUCAAUCGCAAAAGAGGUUGAUCCAGAGGGGAAAAGAACGUUAGCUGUUGUCACGAAGUUAGAUUUGAUGGAUGCAGGUACCGAUGCCAUUGAUAUUUUAUGCGGUCGAGUGAUUCCUGUCAAAUUAGGAAUUAUUGGUGUAGUUAACAGGUCACAACAAGAUAUUAUAGACAAAAAGUCAGUUCAAGAUGCACUGAAAGAUGAGGCCUCUUUCCUGCAGAAGAAAUAUCCUACUUUAGCAAAUCGAAAUGGAACUCCAUACCUCGCAAAAACUUUGAAUAGACUUUUAAUGCAUCGCAUCAGGGACUGUUUACCUGAACUCAAGACCAGAGUCUCGUCAAUGAUAUCACAAUUCCAACAGCUGCUGACUUCUUAUGGGGAUGAUGUUUGUGAUAAAAGCCAAAUGCUCCUACAGAUAGUCACCAAAUUUGCAUCUGCUUAUUGUGCCACAAUUGAAGGAACAGCAAGAAAUAUUGAGACUUCCGUUUUAUGUGGAGGAGCCAGAAUUUGUUACAUUUUUCACAAAAGUUUUGGAGAUGCCCUUGACCUAAUCCACCCCCUAACCAACCUGGGAAAGUGGGAUAUUCUGACUGCCAUCAAAAAUUCUACUGGGCCCAGACCUGCAUUAUUUGUUCCAGAGCUGUUCUACUCCCAGGUUUCAUUUGAACUCUUGGUGAAACGACAAAUUAGAAGGCUGGAGGAACCAGCCUUAAAGUGCGUUGAUUUAGUUCACGAUGAAAUGCAAAGCAUCAUCCAGCAUUGUGGAAUUGAGUCUCAACAAGAAAUGCUUCGCUUUCCAAAAUUACAUGAGCGUAUAAUAGAUGUAGUUUCUCAACUUUUGAGACGGCGACUCCCAACCACCAACCAAAUGGUUGAGAAUUUAGUUGCAAUUGAAUUAGCAUACAUUAAUACCAGACAUCCUGAUUUUCGGAAGGAGGCCCUUUAUGUAACAUCAACUUUGAAAAACAUGAUGGAUGAUGGAAAGGUGAAAAGAAAUGCCUACAAUAGCAUAGCUCCUUAUUCAGGGGCAAUCUCAGACAGUGAAGAAAGCAGUGGUGCCACCCUGAAGAUGAACAACAUUGAUGCUGCUCGAGGUUACCAGCAUUUUAAUCCAAGUGGAACAAACAGCAUAGUUGAUUCUACAGAAACAUCUCCAACUUCGACGCCUACUCACCAGGUUGCUUUAGUCUCCAAUCCCCCCGGCGGUAUCGGUUCUCAAGGCAAUCCCAAAUCAAUCAACCUCCUUCCGGUAGUUCCAAAUCAGCAGAGCUCCCGGACACUCACUGAACGAGAAAAACAGGAGUGUCAAGUGAUUGAGCAUCUUAUCCAGUCAUACUUUUACAUAGUUAGAAAAUCGAUUCAAGACUCGGUACCAAAAGCAAUCAUGCACUUUUUAGUGAACUAUGUAAAAGACAACCUACAGUCAGAGCUAGUGACUCACUUAUAUAAACCUGAUCAAAUCGAAGAUUUACUGAAGGAAUCUGAAAAUAUUGCCCAACAAAGGAAAGAAGCCAGUGAUAAGUUAAAGGCUCUCCAAAAAGCCAACACAAUUAUUAGUGAAAUUAGAGAAACUCAUGUCUGGUAAGAAUUAGGAUCGCAAAUAGCAGGUGUUCCAUCUGCUCUGUAGUUGUUAUUUAGUCUUGUAUCAUUGUUGAUUCCUUGAAUGGUGCAUUUUCUGUAAGAUUCAUUGUUGGUAAGUAUUGCGUUGAGUUCCAUUCAUGUAUUUUGUCAUGAAAUCAUAAAUGCAACCAAGUGGAUCAGUGAAGCUAAUUUAAACCUUCUUCGGAAUUGAUACACUCUCUAGUCAGUUUUGCACUUUUCUCCCUGUUUCCUUUACAUUUGGAAAUGCAGGGAGCGGCAGUCAUCAUCAGAAUAACCAGUGAAUUGGGUCUAGGCGAAUCAAGUUUUUCUCCGUUGAAAGUUUAAUUUUUGCUGCAGAGUUAUUUCAAGGUCAUCUCAAAACCGAAGGAUUUGGCUCUCUUCUAGUCCCACCAUAUGAAUGUUUGGUUUAAUUUGCAAGAUUUGUGUAUCGUUCAAUCGAUUUAUGAUGUUUAAACUAUCCUCCUAUUGUAAUUCUUAAAAGUUUUUUUUAAUAAAGAACAAUUUUUUACACUAUCACCCAUUUACCAAACUCUCGCUACAUUUAUGCAGAAAAUGCAGCUCUAAAUCUAGAAUUAUGAGUGACUGUAGCUAGAAACCCUUAGAUAUACUUAUGGGGAGGCUGAUCUCUUCUGUUGUUAAUUUUGUUUUGCAAUGUAAUAUUUCCACAAGAUCGAACAAAAAAUUUAAAAUUCCUCACCAAACGUAAAAGGUAAAUUUUAUCCACCCUUCAAAAAAAAAAAAAAAAACAGAUUCAAUACUUUUUGCCUAAAACAAAAAAAAAGGGGCUGAUACGUAUGAGUGCACAUCCAUUCUUGAAUUUGGCAAAGUAUUGCCCUUGGAUUCUAAUUUUUCAUCCGUUCGUCUGAAGUGUAAAUGGAUGUUUAAUUUGGAAAAGUACGUUAUUUUAGUGGAAAAAAAAAUCGAGUCUAUCAUCUUUAAGUUUUAGCCACACAGUGGUGUGAGAAUAUUUCUGUCUCCAUAAUCUCGGUGAAACUGUAAGUACAACUUUUUUUUCCUGUUCAGCCGAAAGCUUUGAACAAGAAUAUGAAAAAGAUAAAAAACCAAAGUCAGCAAACCAUCAUACCUAUUUUGUAAUUGUCAAGUUGUGUGAAGUCUUCUUCAUUGAAAAGUAGCUCUUAUUUCUUUUCCCUUGUUAUUUUAGCUAUCGCCUUUUUAUUUUAUUGCUAAUCUGAAGGUCUUUAAACAAUCUUAAUUUCUGUCCUUACAUCGUUUGAAACCCUCACCAUUUUUAACAAUCUGUACAGUACACUUUCUAACCUCAGUUAUUUCUGAGAUAUGAGUGCACAUUAAGUCUGCGGAUAUUGAUGUCAACUCCCAGAACUGAUUUUUCAUUUUGUUGACCUGUUUAUUUUAAAGCCAGAAUUCUUGGCUGGUUUUUUUUUUAUAAUUUUAGGUUGAAAUUCCUUCGUUUUCUUUUAAGAAGAAACCUUGUUUUCUCUUUUUGCUUUUUUAUACGAUUUCGUAUUAUUUUCUCCCUGUUUAGUUUAAGCCUUGUCGUAGUUGUAGGUUUUCUUAUUCAAGAAGCUUUUAUGUCUGUCUCUGUAUUUGUAAUUGUAAUAAAGUCAGCUUCCUAUUCAAUUAAA